CGCCCCGCGCGCUCCCUCCCCGCGCUGCCGCCGCCACUGCCGCACCUGCCACCAUGUCGCCGCCGCCGGGUCAUGUCUGACUCUCUCUGGACCGCGCUUUCCAAUUUCUCGAUGCCCUCCUUCCCUGGCGGCAGUAUGUUCCGCCGCACCAAGAGCUGCCGCACCAGUAACCGGAAAAGCCUCAUCUUGACCAGCACUUCGCCCACGCUGCCGCGACCCCACUCCCCACUGCCUGGACACCUGGGUAGCAGUCCCCUGGACAGCCCCCGCAACUUCUCCCCCAACACCCCCGCCCACUUCUCGUUUGCCUCCUCCCGAAGGGCGGAUGGACGCCGUUGGUCUCUGGCUUCGCUUCCUUCGUCUGGCUAUGGCACCAACACACCCAGCUCCACCGUCUCGUCUUCCUGCUCCUCCCAGGAGCGCCUGCACCAGCUGCCCUACCAGCCUACCGUGGAUGAGCUCCACUUCCUCUCCAAACACUUUGGCAGCACCGAGAGCAUCACUGACGAGGAUGGUGGCCGCCGCUCUCCUGCCGUGCGGCCUCGCUCACGGAGCCUCAGCCCCGGGCGCUCCCCCUCUUCCUACGACAACGAGAUCGUGAUGAUGAACCAUGUCUACAAGGAGAGGUUCCCGAAGGCCACCGCGCAGAUGGAGGAAAAGCUGCGCGAUUUCGCCCGCGCCUACGAACCUGACAGCGUGCUGCCGCUGGCCGACGGCGUGCUCAGCUUCAUCCACCACCAGAUCAUCGAGUUGGCCCGGGACUGCCUGACCAAGUCUCGAGACGGCCUCAUCACCACCGUCUACUUCUACGAAUUGCAGGAGAACCUGGAGAAGCUGCUGCAGGACGUGAGUGCACGGGAGGCUGGCCUCAUUC